UAUCUCAUUUAUAUUUAAAAGCCCGCUUUUAUUUAAUAAUCCUCAAUUUAUCCCUAAUCUUUUUUGACAAAAAGAGCAUACCCAAGGUUGCUUUAUCACCCGGAAACACUUGCCAUCAAUUUUUCAGCAGCUCUCACCCUAAAUAUUCCGUUUUCGUGUGGAUUUGGAGCUCGAUCUAGGUGGCUAAAGUGCAUGGCAAACCAUUAAAAAUGAAUUGCCCGGGCAUAUUUUAUAAACGAAACGAAAAUUAUUUUCAGCAGAAAUUGUUGUUGAAAUAACAACUAGAGGCGGUGGCGGUGGCGGCGGCAGCGGCGGCAACUAUUAAUAACAAAGUGUGGAGAAGUGAAGACCCCGCGAACUCCCCUAAUACAAUCAUAUAAAUUACACUGCCAGAGCAAUCAAUCAAUGUCAAAGUCAGACUGAGUUGCGCUUAUAGGCCCAGGGUCGUCAGAAACAGAGAGAUGUGGAUGUGGAUGGGUACGGGUAUGGAGAUGGGGCUUUGUCGGGGUAGAUUUAAGCUAAGCUGCCACGUACUUGGCCGCUCAUCAAUUUCAAUAAGCCAGCCGCCUCGGAGGGAGUCAAAAGUCCGAGUAGUAUUCCGGGCAACAGACAACCGACCACCGGCGAACCAUUAGCACCUAGGCCAAGUGGCAGCGGCAUUUGUCAAAGUCCCCCGAUAUCCCAGACAUCGCAGACAUCGCAGACGUCCUCGCCUGUGUUUUGCAUUUUAAAUUGUGGCACAAGUGAAAUUGAAAAUGGCUGCUAAAUAUGUGCAACAAUGCGACAACAUCGCUCAAUUGCCAGCUCCUUUGUCUUGGCUCUAUCUGUAUCUGUAUCUGUAUCUAUACCCGAGGACGUUCUAUAUAGUAUAUGUGUGGUGUCAACAAUGGCAGAACGCUUUGGGUGGCAUUUCAUUGACAGCAAGUCAUAAAUUUUACAAAUGACAGCCGGCAAGUGCUGAAUGGCAGUAGAAAAAAGAUCCACAUGGGAACGUUUUUGCUGUAUGCAAAUCUCCUGGGUCUAGAGUUAGGAUUGGGUUAGAUGGUAGGGUCAAAGGAUAACCAAGCGAAUCCCUUAUCCCAAAUUCCUUUUGUGUUGAUGUGAAAUAUAUAUUUGUUGUCAGAAAACUGUGUAUUUUCAAAGGUUUUGUUUGUUUAGUAAAAUUUAAGGAACUCUUUAUUAAAUUUACAUAAUUGCUCUUAUGAUAUAAUAAUUGUAUAUAACCUAUAUAGCUUAAAUUUAAAUUUAUUAAAAUAUUUAUUUAUGUUAGAAGAUCAAUACCUAAACAACUCAAAAGAUUGAAAGUCUUAUGUCAGAUUUAAGAUUGGGUGAACAUUACUUUCAUUCUGUAAAAACAAGUACCAUAUGUAUAGCCACCUACAUUAUGUAGCACUUUACUCUGAACCCACUCAAUCUUGUCAAUCAAUACCGGGGCUUAACCUUUCUUUCGCAACCACAAUAGAGACCAAUUCAUGUUCCCAUAACUAUAGACAAUAUAUAUAAAGACUUUCCCUAUACCAUGGACAUGCCGCUUUGUGUCUUCCUCUAUGAUCUCUUUUUCUUAAUCACUCUCAACUCCAGUUCCAGACGGCUGCCUCAUCAAUCAAUCAAUCACAAUGGAGUCGGUGCUGGAAGGGAAAAAAGCAAGACAAUCGCUUCGGAGAACCUUUCGCCGUGGCCACAACAUCCACAACAUCCCGCUCUAAUGACAGGCGGGCACUUACGGGACCACACCUAUGGCUGUUUCGCUGGAAAUGCUGGAAACGAUGCAACCGCAGUCGGAGACCACAGAAUAACGGCAACACCUGCCCAUCAGUUGGGUCACCUUUUCAUGUUGCGUGUGUGUACGAGUGUGUGUGGAACGGAAGUGCAUAGAAGCAGAGCUAAUGGCAGCGGAGAAAAGGAGUAAAAGAGAGGGGAAGGGGAGGAAAUGAGAGGGGAAACAGGCACAAAAUCGUCGGCGCCGCAUUUUGGAGCAGCUGUGGAUGCGGUUUAUUCUCCGACUGAAGCUGCAGCGGAAGUUUUAACAACCGCCGCACAAACACUCCCAGACACUCAGAAAAAUUUUAUAAAAUUUAAAAUAAAAUUUCAAAUUUAACUAUAUUGUACAAAAUGGAUUUUUGAAUCUUUAUGUCAGGUCUCUUCUUUAAUACAUCUUAUGGUUAUGAAUAAGAACAGAAAAAAAUAAAGAUAGCAUGACAUGAACGAAUCAGAAUUAGCUGAAAUUAAUAAAUAUAGUUAUAUACUUAAAAUC